AUGCCGAUAGAGCCAGGAUCAAUCCUCGAUAUCAUCAAAGAUCAUGCUCGAGCUCGCCUGUUCACGGACCCCAUCGUUUGGCGUCAGGACCAACCUCGGUUAUUGGGAUGCCGUUUCGUCCCGGAGAACAUCGCCCACACAGGAGAGCAUAAAGAUGGUGGCCCUGCUGGCGUGGCGGAGGGGAGCAUUCCGACACAAACUUCCACCGAGAUUCCCAAAGUUCUGGCAAGGCGCAUCCUGAUCGCGAAUAACCUGCGAGUGCUUGACGACAAGGCACUGAGUAUCCAAAACCUCCUUCGCACUUACGGUAUUUACGCGUUGAAUUUCCGCAAGGCGUAUAUUCGAACCGAUGAGAUGUAUGGUGUCGGCUCCGAUGGCCCGACUCUGUUUCUCGCCUACCUCGAGCUGGAUACCGUGAACACCCUCCGCCGCAGGCACAUCUUUCACCGCAAGCGAAUCGAUCGAGAAAAUCCAGAGGUCGUUCGCCUUCACGAGAAGAAGUUGUCCGCCGUCAGACCUCCAAACCCGGUCGAGGACCCAUACAUCGUUGCAACAAUGAUCGGUUUGGCACAGAAAAUGCGAUUUGAGGCCCAGCAGAAGGUUGCCAAGGGUGCACAAGACGCAUCCGCUCAAACCCCAAGUUCCGAGAAGGUAGAGGCGGGCCAUGAUUCAGCAAGUUCCUUCAAGGUUCGCCUCCUCGUCCUCCCCGAAACCAGCUCAUACGCGCCAUACCUCUACGUUUACAAGGCCACCGUCACCGCCAGCUUCCUCGACAAGUUUGCGGAUAUCUCUCGGUUUUCGCCCAGCCCGCCUUUGGAAAUCAAGUACCAUGCACUCUCCAUCCUUGAUUCAAAAAAAUUUGUCCGACUCUUCCCGGUCGUGCUGGAGCUGAGCGACCCAGCCACUCCCGGGGCAGUCCCUUCGGCCCGGACAGCCCAGGAAGACCAAAAGGAUGGUACAGAGAAGCCAAAGCAGGAGUGA